AUGGACGCUCCGAUUACGGUCUCUCUGGAUGUAGAUUUUUGUAUGCAAGAUAUAAUUGUCAAUGAAAAUGGUCGCCUUACUCUGGAAUGUGACCUAUCGAAUUCGGCAAGAAAGAAAGUCAAAACUUAUUGGUACAAAAACGGCGAAGUGAUAACAUCUUGGCGAAGAAUUAAAACGUCAUCCACUGGGAAUUUUUGUAAACUUAUCUUAACUUCCAUCACUCCAAAAGAUCAAGGUGUAUAUAUUUUUCAUUGCAAUGAAGUUUCUACCCAAGUAAAAGUAUUACUUUAUAUCAAACCAGCUAAGCCAAACAUUCCAAAUGGAGUAUUUUAUAUUAAAGCGCAGCCUAGACACAGGAUGGGUAUGCAGACGCAGCUUAUUAGUUCGAAAUUUUAUGCUGACGACACCAUUAAGCUAGAGGCCUCAUUAAAAAAAAACAAGAUUGAGGAAUUUCAAUGGUUUAAGAACAAUAAAGUCGUGAAAGAAGGAGCUCGAAGAAUAAUUUUGAAUGACGAUAAAAACACAUCUCUCUCUAUAAGAAAAGCAAAAGAGACUGAUACGGGAAUCUAUCACGUGGUUGGAAAAACUAAAUAUGGCGUAGAAUCGAGUUUUGCCGAAGUAAUAGUGGUAAAAUUGGAGCAAGAGAAAUUAUUACCGAUAGGUGAUUACAUUCCACGUGUCGAUGAAACAUUUACGAAGACCGAAGAAGUGUAUGAAGGAGAAGAAGCAAGAAUUAUUUUUAAAAUUUAUUAUGAUAACCACACUGUGUUCAAGUGUUUCAAAGAUGACAACAUAUGGAAAGCUAAUGAUAACAUUGAGGUCCAAUAUUACAACAGUCGAUAUAUUGCACUCAGAUUUCUCACUGCAAGCAUGAUAGACACCGGAACCUACCGGGUAACUGUCAGCAACAUAGAGACAGGACGCUCAGAGACGUGCGAGUGCAAACUAUUGGUUAAAAGAAUAACACCGAAACCAACACCAGUUAAAAUAAUACAACCGCUUAAUUCCGCUAUCACUUAUUUUGGCUCGUCAAUUGAUUUCAAGUGUGAAUUUGAAAUACAAGAUCCAGAAUUCUGCUGCGCCGUAUGGGAUGUUGGAGCAUAUAGAGUGGAAAGAUCAAGUAACAAGUUCAAUGUUUUUUGCAGAGGCUCGGAGUUUUGUUUGCAUAUAAAAGAAGUUGAGCCCGAUAUGGCAGGAUUAGUAUUGUGCCAAAUUCGUAAAGCAAUACCAAGAAAGAAAUCGGUAUCUCUCUGUACCUCUAUAGCAAAUCUUACCAUUAUUCCUCAAUUGAUAGGCGAAGUUAUUUCUACUAAGCUUAAAGUUACAAACAAAAAACCUGGGUUCUACUACAGCGGUGUUAAAGAGGUUGUACCUAUUAGCCUCACUGAAUCCCAAACAGAUAACCACGAUACAGACACUGGUGAAUGGACAGGUUCAUCUACAACCCAAACUGAUUUGUCAAGCUACUCACAAGGUGAAGGUGCGAGAGGAAAUGACGAAGUUAAACGAAAGGCUUUAGAGAAGAUACAAGUUCCAACGCCAAGUAAUACUAAGCCAUUGGAUAAUUUUGUACUAUAUUUGGAGACACAAUCACAUACAAGUAAAAAAAAUGUGACGCGUGCGGUACCGUUUACAGUAGAGCCAAGAUCCGUGGCCUCCAAUAAAAACAACGGGAAUUCGAUGAUUAUUACAUACAGCAAGCUAGACGAGGCUGUUUACUGGAUGGAAGCAACUUCUAACAGUCCUGAGAUUUUUCGAAAUGUUAUCGUCGAAAAUGGAAUUCACGAGGAUGCCAACACACCCAACGGUGCGGUCCGGCGGCUACAUGCCAUUGUCUUCAAAUGGCAAAAUCCGGCCGACUACUGGUUUGUAGUUGAAAUGUUAGACGCUGAAGACUUCGAGGAGUCUGGAAUCACACGUACUCCACAAUUCAAAUUGCUAGAUGCUCCAGUUGAGAGAAUCUUGAAAUUCCGCAUCAGCGCACAGCGCGUCAGUAAAGAUUUUUGCUUUUCUGACAAUAUUGCGUUCAAAAUAAGAUCACAACAAUUGACACCGGAUUACCUGGCGAGAUGUUCGAGGAUAUUAUUGAUGAAAAAUUAUAAGACAAUUUUCAAAGAAACCAGGGUUAAUUUGGGUGGCGGGGCUUUCGGGAAAGUCGAUUUAGUGAGAUUCAUCACCGGAGAAAACUACGCAGCAAAAAAGAUUGAUAUAGCAUCAAACAUUAUGAAGACCAGGACCAUGAGAGAGUACCAUAUACAAACUAGUUUGGACCAUCCAAAGUUGGUACGAAUGUACUUAUCAUUCUGCGCAAACGAAAACACCAUAUUAAUUAUGGAUUUUAUGAGGGGGGGAGAACUUUUCGAAAGGUUGGUGCAGGAUGAUCACAUCAACGAGACGGACGUCAUUGUCUACGUAGGUCAGAUAUGCGAAGCUCUUCGAUACCUUCAUUCGAAAAACAUCAUUCAUAUGGAUAUUAAGCCAGAAAACAUACUUUGCGAAAGUCCAAACACCCGGCUGGUGAAGGUAGCCGACUUCGGCGUCGCACAUCAGAUAAAAGACUUUGAGAACUUAACCUUAUGGACCAAGUACGGGACCAUGGGCUACGUGUCUCCAGAAGUACUUAAUUUCGAACCAUUGACUACUGGCUGCGAUAUGUGGAGCUUUGGAGUGAUAACAUAUUUGCUAUUAUCUGGAAUGUUGCCUUUCAACGGGUCUAACAUGUCUGAGAUUAUAUCUGCGACAAGACGUGGUCAGUUCAACUACUACGAUCCUGCCUUCAACAACAUAUGUGAUCUCGCAAAAGAUUUCAUAAAUAACCUGUUAAAGCCACGCCCUGCCUCUAGAAUGACAGCUGCAAUGGCUUUGGAGCACAGGUGGCUAAAAGAGGGCCCAUCGAAGGGUUUCGGUAACAGCCCUCUGAAGAAGACCAGAGAUAAUCUCCGGGAUUAUCUCGCAAAAAAUCGCAGGUGGCAGAGGGUCGGUAACAUCCUGAUCGCAGCUCACCGCAUGCGCAGCGCUAUACUAAAGAGUGAAGAACGUACUUAA